AUGAGGAGGCUUUUAGGGACCGACUGUACUCUUUUCAUAGCUCUCUCCCUCUCUCUCUCUUUCCACCCUAUCUGUCUAUAUCUACAAGUUACUUACUCACCUUCUAAGAAUGAAUCUAUCUAUCUAUCUAUCUAUCUAUCUAUCUAUCUAUCUAUCUAUCUGCUUCUUUUUUCUUUCCUUCUAUCUAUCUAUCUAUCUAUCUAUCUAUCUAUCUAUCUAUCUAUCUCAAUAUUGUUCUUUCUUUCUUUCUUUCUUUCUUUCUUUCUUUCUUCAAAAAUAUUCAUCUCCUUCCCUAUUAUCUAUCCCAAUAUUGUUUUUCUAUCUUUCUUUCUAUCUUUCAUCUAUCUAUCUAUCUAUCCCUAUUUGCUAUCUAUCUAUCUAUCUUUUCUAUCUAUCUAUCUAUCUAUCUGCUUCUUUUUAAUUUUCUAUCUAUCUAUCUAUCUAUCUAUCUAUCUAUCUAUCUAUCUAUCUAUCUAUCUCAAUAUUGUGCUUUCUUUCUUUCUUUCUUUCUUUCUUUCUUUCUUCGCAAAUAUUCAUCUCCUUCCCAUUAUCUAUCCCUGUUUGUUAUCUAUCUAUCUAUCUAUCUAUCUAUCUAUCUAUCUAUCUAUCUACGCCUGUUCAUUAUCUAUCUGUCUCUAUAUUAGAUUAAACUCGAAUAUUCACCCAAAUGUAAUUAUCCUCCCACUUUUCCUCCUCACUCUCUCUAUCUCAUCAACUCGCAAUUACACGUUUUUCUCUCCUUCUUCAUAUUCUCUCCCUAACAUAAGAACGUUGAGAUAA